UGGUUUAGUUCCCAGUAAAACACUCUUCUCCAUAUAAUAAAAUACUUCAUUUAACCACGUGACACCUAGGAGCGCAAGCGCUCGUUAAAUCGUGUGCGUGAACUCAAAAUUGUAUAAAAGAAGAAAAAGAAGAAAUAGGACUAUAUAAUCUAUGUAAAUAUGUAAUAUACAAUAGAUGCCUAAAAAUAGUUAUGUACAAAUAUAAUAAGAUUUGAGUUAUUUAAACCUAAAAUAAUUACCUAGUAAUCGUUUAAAAGUUAAAAGAUCGUUAGCGUCCCUUACAGAUGGAGGUAUUGAGUUCCAAAUCCUGGCGGCUAUAAAGGAAAAGGACUUACGCCGCCAUUCCAAAUUGCAUCUAGGCAACUCCAAAAUUGUACCGGACCCCCGUAGGUUAUAUGAGCUUACUUUAAAAUUAAAGAGAUCUUGAAUAUAGCUUGGAGCUUUAUUAUGUAAGCAUUUAUACACAAGGACUAAGGUCUGAAAUUUCUUCCGCUGUUCUAACGAGCUAAUGCCUACAGUCUUCAAAAGGAAUUCAUAAGGGGUUUGCCUACCAAAGCCUAAAAUCGAUGUAAGAAUAUAAUAGUUCGUGUCCUCUAGUUUAUUAGCCUGAGUGUUACCCACACAAGUAAUAAGAGCCCACAAUACUCUAGAUGUGGUAAAAUAAACGCUUUAUAUAGACGGCCCAUAACAUCUAUCGGUACGACGUUAUUGCGUUCGAGCGUUACGAGAACGCAUUCUAAUUUCGUCUUGGUCUCCCUGUGUGUAACCCGAACGACAACAAUCGAGAUUUUUUGUUAGGAACUGGUUCACAUUUUGCCCCCCGCCCCUGACUAUUUGUUCGUGGCGAAUGACGUCUUCAACAACCGUGCUUUUCUUGUGACGCAAGGAGCGCUUGCGUUUCAUAUCAAACUAGGACACUUCCACGCUGGAGCUUAGAGUUCUAAAGAAGUUUCAUGGCAUCCACCUUUAUAUGAAUCAGCAGCUUUUCUGGUCUAUUUCUUUUUGUUCCUAGCUUAUGGAAAAAGGUGAGUUUUUCAGGGUUGAAAGCAAGACUUUCGCCGCGCUGUGAAUGAAUAAGAUCUGCUCGCGCUAUUUGUUCUGUUUGUUCACUUCUUCUGACUUAUUUAAGUUUACUCUAUACUCUGACAUCGAGUUAAUUUGUGAGUUUCUCAGAAGAAUGCUUCAUUAGAAAAAUCUUUUUUUCAAUAGUUUUUUUAUGGUUUCUGUUUGUUUGACGAGUUUGCAGAAAGAAGUUCCGAAGAGAAAAUCUGACGCGUACUGACAAUGUAGCUUAUUUGCGUGAUGCAGCGCGCACACUUUCUGCUGAAUUUCGGUGUUCUUAAUUGUCGACAAAUACAAAGAUUUCUUUCGCUAUCUUUUGUGCUGAGAUGCUGCAACAAUUGUCAUCAUCGCUAAAAAACUACUAACAUCAUGUGUGUUUCUUCAACAUAGCGAAAUUUUAGACUGCGGAAGUGAAAAAGACAAGGAGUUUCGAGAGCUCAAACAACAAGAGCGAAAACGUUAUUCAGGUUGAUUAAAGAAAGCGUCAUCGUAACGUUACUGAUUGUCGCUGCUGUCUUCACGUAUUUCCAGUUAACCUUUUAAUAUGUUCCCAAACAUCUAUCAUUCAUAAACUAGAGAUGUUGUACGAGUUCAUGAUCAAUGUACUUUUUUUACACGAAAGUGCAGAAGUCCAAUUGGUCGUGUAUGUAUAACUUCAAAACACGUAUCGCCGAAGUGCAGUCUCAUUCAACAACAAUUUAUUGGAUUUUUACACAAACAACGCUGAGCAGUAUUUACAGGCGUAAACCCAAUGUGCCUUGAUGAAAUAUCAAGUGUUGCUUGCAAUUCAGGUGAAACUCAAACUCGCAAAAAGUUAUAUUUUUCGGUCGCGAUGGACUCUAUGGCGAAAUCCCCGCAAGCGUGUGGCAACAGGAGGGAAACUCUGAAGUUGUUUAACGCUGUCAUCGUCAUCAUCAUCAUCACCACCAUCAUAAACUUUACUUACCCUCGAAUUUACACAGUAGCAUUGCUGCUUAUUUCUCCGACCUACCUAUUGUUAGAAAUUAGAAUUAAUGAAAGUUAUAUUCAAAUAUAUCCAGCUAUUCUUUCAGUUAUGUUUAAAACAAUAAUUCAUCUUGAACAAAUGUAAAAUUUAACCUGGAAUGAUUUGGAGCUUUCGCAAGGGAAACCCGGGAACACUAUUGGGUCGCACUCAAAGUUACGUUUCGACGAAAAUAUUUAAGCAAAAUUGCUACAGACAUAAACGUAUGAGUUGUGGACAAGAAGUGUCAAAACAACUUGAAAAUAAAGAAAGAAAACUUGAUUUCCGGUUCGCUGAAAGAGGAUUUUUCUUAGCCAGUAAUCGCACUGGAAGCGCGGAAGGAGUGCUCAAGUUGUGGGUUUGACGUGGAGGUCACUGCAGGUUAACUUGGUCGCGUUUGAAAACGAAAUGCUCAUGAUUUGUGGUAAAAGAAUGUAUGACCCGUCGAGUUCUGUAGCUCAAUCACAAGUCGAUUAAAACUUUCAUGCUUGACUGUGCAUCAUUGAGAGAGCGAAUUGUGGAGGUUUCGAGCCCAAUCGAGGUCGUUCCCUGUAUACACGCUCGAUUUCAUGCUUAAAGAACGAGAAAUAGUCAGUGUUUUCGACUUCUGGUUGGGGGCUAACCGGCUUGGGGCUAAUCAACCACAUGAACCGCCAAAUCUGGCUGCAGUGAAAGACUCGCCACGAGGCGAAAUAACAAAAUAAGCAAAACCGAAAACCCACCUUUCCUAUCACUAAGAACCGAAAACCGAAAUGUUGAAAAAGGAAAAAAAGACGAAAACCGCAACAGAUAUCAAGGCCGGCAAACCGUAAAUUUAAACGAAAAAAAAGGAUCUAAAAACAAAACCCCCAAUCCACCCUCACCCUCUUUCUUCUACUUUAUGCGAGCGUGGUAAGUCAGGUAAGUGAUACAAGAUUACUACAAGUGUGACUUUAAUUAAUAGGAUUGGAGUUUCUAUCAGUCUAGAGUAUAUUAACAUUCAUUUGACUGACGUAAUGUUAAGUGCGUAAAGAAACAAGGUAUUGGGCAGAGGUUUGGACCUCUCGAUUCUACAGAUAAAGUUGACUUGACCGCGCAAUAUUUCCUUUACCAAGUUUCUUUUGAAGCUGUCUGUUUGAUCUUUUACUAAUCACUUGUCUUUUUGAACUGGUCAGCACCUCAGUCAAGAAUAUGGAAUAAAAGAUUGUCAGAAACAGAAAAUGGCUACAUCGAGUAUUUUCCGGCCGUUUGCUAAAUACGAAGCGAAACAAACUGCUUUACAAGUCACGACGAAUUCAAGACACAUGCAUGUAGUUGGAGAAGAAAGCAAACCAACAACAUUUGAAGAAGAUGAAAUUGCUCCUCUCAUGCUGUUUAGAGGAUGCGAAAUUCGACGGGAUGACGGCCACCAAUGUACCAUGUCCGAAACAAUUACGUUUCUGUCCUCUAGAGGAAAGGAAACUAGACGCGAAGAAGUUCCAGAGGGCUGCCCAAGAGCUGAGACUUUUCUCAUCGUUGCGAACAAGUUUGGUAAACAGUAUGUGUACCGCUUCCACGCCUCCGAUUCCCUUUAUCUCUUCAGUCCUAGGAACAGGAUUCGAAGAUUUGUACUUUUUCUAAUAACACAUCAAUAUUUUGAACUUAUUAUUCUACUGACAAUUUUAACAAACUGUGUAUUCCUGGCUAUGAGCAAUCCACCAGAAGAGGCAGAAUUUGUGUUCGCAGCCAUUUAUACACUUGAAAUGUUCCUCAAGAUCAUAGGUCGUGGAUUUGCGCUCCACAAAUAUGCUUAUCUUAGAAAUGCUUGGAAUUGGUUAGACUUUUUAGUAGUAGUUUUAGGUUAUAUAACAAUGCUUCCUGGCGUAGAAAAUUUAUCGGGAAUUCGAACUUUCAGAGUUCUUAGAGCUUUGAGGACCAUAUCAGCAGUUAAAGGUUUAAAAGCCAUGGUUAAUACGCUGUUGAAAUCUAUCAGAAUGCUCUCUGAUGUUCUUAUACUUACAACUUUCUUUUUAUGUGUAUUUGCACUUAUUGGCCUUCAACUUUUCGUUGGCGUAAUGCAGCAUAAAUGUGUUCGUAAUCAUCCCAAUGGAUGGCCACAAGAUCAAGAAGCUUUCAGUGCGUACUUGCAGAAUGAAAGUAAUCACUAUAUUUUCGCGGGCGAUAACAUGGCUGUUUUGUGUGGAAACUCUUCCGUCGCCUUUGAAUGUCCCAUUAACUACACGUGUAUGCCGAAUACGGGACCAAAUCCUAUAUCUGAGUACAUUAGCUACGAUAACUUUGGUUGGUCGCUUUUAACCUCUCUACAACUAGUCACAAUGGAUUACUGGGAAAGCAUUUACAACAGCGUGAUUGCUACCAAAGGACCGUGGUACGUAUUUUAUUUCCUGUUUGUGAUCUUCCUGGGUCCUUUCUACUUGAUCAAUCUUGUCUUGGCUGUCGUGUCGCUUUCGUACGAACAAGAAACUGCAGCAUUGCAGGAUCAAGUUCUUCGGGCGCAAACGUUUGCCAAACUCAAACGAUCCGCCUCCACUUAUUCGUUUGACGGACAAAUGGACCCAGAACCAUUGUACCAAGAAGAUACACAACGAAUUGAGGAGCGCGAGGCUUACAUAGCAGCUCACCCGGAAGAAUCUGAACAUCCCGUAGAACCCGAGGAACCAACGGAGGUGACUGUCGAGGUCCCAGGAAACCCGAGUUGCUGGAGGCGUACACGAAACUUCGUGUCAAGAGUCGUGAAUUCCUCGGUGUUUGAGACCCUCAUUACUUUGUGUAUCCUGUUCAAUACGUUGGCAAUGGCCCUGGAGCACUUUGAAAUGGACGGGACUUUUUCUAAGGUGCUCGAGUACUGUAAUCUGGUAUUUACCGUGGUAUUCAUUAUGGAAAUGAUUCUGAAGCUGAUCGCAUUUGGCGUCAAAGAGUACUGCAAAAACAAGUGGAACCUGUUUGACGGGACAAUUGUAAUUCUUAGUGUUUUAGACAUGGUUCUGACCUACUCUGGUGCCAUCAGUGGUGCUGGAUUAAGCGUGUUGCGAACCUUCAGACUGCUUCGUGUGCUGAAGCUCGCUCAAUCGUGGAAAACAAUGGGUGACCUUUUGAACACAAUCGGGAGCAGUGUAGGCCCUGUGGGUAACAUCACUGUUAUACUCGCUAUCAUUGUUUACAUGUUUGCUGUGGUCGGCAUGCAGCUUUUCCAAAGAGACUACACUGCGGACAAGUUUAAGAAUUACGAACUACCACGGUGGAAUUUCAAUGAUUUCGGUCACUCAUUUAUGGUGAUUUUUAGGAUAUUAUGCGGUAAAUGGAUCGAGCCUCUGUGGUGGACAAUGCAGGCAACAUCUCCCGCUGCCAUCUGCCUCAUCUUGCCCGCAUUCGUCAUCGGCAAUUUUGUGAUUCUCAAUCUUUUCCUUGCACUGUUGUUGAACUCGUUCAGUGCAGACAGCGACGAGGAGCCGGAAGACGAAGAGGAAAAGAAAAGGAAAGAAGAAGAAAAGAAAAGGAAGAAAAAAGAAAAAGAGAGGAAGAGGCGGUUAGACAUUCUUCGUAUGCUUGGAAGACAAAACAAAAAUCUUUCUGGGAGUCGAAGUAAAGUGGGACCAGAUGAAGACGGCGAUGGAACGGACGAGGAAGCUCAUUCGAGGACGAUAAGCCCAGUUGACGAUGGAACCAAGAAAGAAGCGGCAAUCACUUUGUCGGACAAUCUCAAAAAUGGAGAACAAGAGAACGGCUACGAGAUGACACUUGUCAACCGACUGCCGAACGGUCAAACACAGCAGGAUAAUUCUAAUGGCUUCAAGUACAACUUUGACGAAACUCCAGGUAAACCUGUAGGACGUAACACCAAAGUGAAUUCUCUUCCCAUUGAAAACCGCCAUUCACUGACUACCGCCCUUGAUCUGGACGAAGCAGCAUUAAGAAUCCGGGACCUUCCAGAUUCAAACAAGAGAUUGCCAUGCGUCAACCGCGUCAAGAGUGACGACAGACUGGAGCCUAGUGACAACAACUUGAGUAACGGAGAUCUGGUCGCCAAUGGCUCAGCCCCUGUGGUGAUCAACGGAAACUCGCGCAUGUCAACCGGAUCGUCACACAAAGACGUCAGUCUUGGUGACAUAGAGUCACGCAUUCCACCAAACAGCCCGGGUCAUGAGUCAAAGCGUGACACGAUUGUCACGGUAGAUACCGACGAUACUACUCCCCCGGGUGGAGUGAGGCCUUGUUGCCCAGCGUUCUGCUACUGUGAGAGUAAUUGUUGUGACAAUUAUAAGGAGUCCUGUAUUCGAAGAAGCUGGCAUGGAUUGCGUUACUAUGUGUGUACUUUUGUGGAGCAUAAAUACUUCGAGUGGUUCAUUCUAUUCAUGAUUGUCAUAAGCAGUUUAACUUUGGUGUUUGAAGACAUCCAUUUGAAAAAUAAUCCUUUGCUGAAGAGUGCGCUAGGUGUGAUGAACUUCUCAUUUGCGAUCAUCUUUACAGUGGAAAUGCUUCUUAAAAUCCUCGGCAUGGGUUUCGUGGGUUAUUUUACCAACUUGUGGAACUGUUUGGACAGUUUCAUUGUAGCGAUCUCUCUCGCAAGUCUUACUGGUAGCAAAAAUCUGCAGUCGUUCAGAUCUCUCAGAGCUUUAAGACCUCUCAGAGCGAUCUCGCGGUUUGAGGGAAUGAAGAUUGUCGUGAAUUCGUUGGUGCACGCUGUUCCCGCGAUCGUGAACGUGAUGCUGGUGUGCCUGAUCUUCUGGCUCAUCUUCAGUAUUGUUGGUUAUCAGCUGUUUAACGGGAAAUUCUACAGAUGCGUUGAUAACAAAACCUUGGAGAUAAUUGAUUGGCAGAUAGUCGAGAAUAAGGAUCAGUGUAACGAGUCCCUGGGCAUGCGCUGGAUGAAUGCAAAAAUCAACUUCGACAGCUCCUUGCAAGGAUUCUUGGCUUUGUUUCAAGUUGCUACAUUAGAAGGCGUUUUUGAAGUCAUGCAAGAUUCUGUGGAUGGCGUAGGACAUUACAAGCAGCCAAGGUACGAGAACAGUUUCUACGCCUACUUCUACUAUGUUGUUUUCAUCAUUCUGGGUUCGUUCUUUAUUUUAAAUCUCUUCAUUGGAGUCAUCAUCGAAAACUUCAAUCGCCUAAAACAACAGUAUGAAGACAGCGGUGCACUUGGAAUGUUUUUAACACCAGGCCAGAGAAGCUGGGUGAACACCCUCAAGAAAACUUAUUACAGGAAACCGCGGAAGCAGUUCAAGAGACCUCAGAACAAGUUUCGUGCCUGGCUGUUUGACUUGAUCCUACAAAAGAAGUUCGAAGUGUUCAUCAUGUCGGUGAUUCUUAUUAACAUGGUUACCAUGAUGAUGGAACACAACAAUCAAACGGAGAACUUUACCGCUGCGCUCAGGUAUCUGAACUAUAUCUUCACUGGCAUCUUCAUUGUAGAGGCAAUCAUUCGUCUGAUUGCCAUGCGCUUGGACUACUUUAAACUCGGCUGGAAUGUGUUUGACUUCAUCAUAGUGGUUUUCUCCAUUGUCGGUAUUAUUGUUGAAGAUGUGCUACAGAAGGACAUGAUUCUCUCACCAGGCUUGCUGCGAGUUGUGAGGGUAUUUCGACUUGGAAGACUGCUACGUUUCUUCGAAGGCGCAAAAGGCGUUCGCCGCCUGCUGUUUGCUCUUGUCAAAUCACUGCCCGGCCUGGUCAACAUCGCCAUGUUGUUAUGCCUGAUUAUAUUCAUUUACGCCAUAAUUGGAAUGUCUUCGUUCGGAUACGUCAAAAAGACCAACGGCAUUACGGACGUGGUGAAUUUUGAGACUUUCGGGAACUCUAUGCUUUUGUUAUUUCGCGUCGGGACGGCCGCGGGCUGGAAUACAAUUCUUGACCCGCUCAUGGUAUCACCGCCGGACUGUAACCCAGAUUUAGACAAUGGCGGACUAAAUGGCAACUGCGGGAAUCGUUUUCUCGCUGUCUUUUUCUUUGUUAGUUACAUUCUUAUUAUUUUCUUGAUUAUCAUCAACAUGUACAUAGCAGUUAUCUUAGAGAAUUUCAACGAGGCACAGCAACAGGAAGAGAUCGGCGUGACCGAUGACGAUCUAGAAACUUUUAUUCAAGUGUGGGAAGAAUUUGAUCCCAAAGCCACGCACUAUAUUUCUCUAAAUCAACUCAGUGAUUUCCUGGACGCCUUAGAGCCACCGCUACAGAUUCCAAAACCAAAUAGGCACCUCUUUGGCGAGUUGGAGGUGCCAAUUAAGACGGACUAUAAAAUUUAUUUGUUGGAUGUUAUGCAAGCUCUUGUCAGGCGUGCAAUGGGAGGCGUAGAAGGACACGAGGAAGAAGAAAUGGUGAUGUUAGUGGAGCGCUUGGAAGAACGCUUCCAAAACAUGCGAAAGAAAGAAGCGACAAUCGGCUCGCUUCCCGAGCAGCAUAAAUUUGAAAUAAAGGCAGCGGUGACGAUUCAAAAGGCAAUAAGGAUUUUCUUGCUGAAGAGAAGGUUAAGAAUUUGUAAAGGCGGAGCGUUUCACCCGUAUGAUGAGUUGACCUCGGAAAAGGACAAAGGUCACGGAUGGAGAGAAAGACAAGUGGAAGAUAACACCCGUGUGAUCGGGAUGUUAUGGUUGAAUCAGGCCAAGCGACACAACAUUGAGCCAGCAGUGGAGGAAAACAACGACGAGGAAAAUACCAAGGAUAAUGGAAACACCGAGAAUGAUAUGCCCGCUACCUUGACUGUGGUGGACGAGAAAACUAAACCUUCGCCAAACACUCUGAGUGUGAAUUGUUAGCGAGCAGGCGCCUGCAACACUUCACUGGUCACCGCCAUCGUUUUGUAUCACAGUAACUUCUAGGCUUGGUGACAUGGAGCGUCACAUUUAAAAAUGCAAAGCGUUGAAACUCAAAAUUAAUGAGAACCAAACCGUUAAGCUCAUUGGGUCGUUUGCUAAACUGUUUUCUGCGAAAAGGACAUCGGGAGCAAGUUCGGCACAGUUGAAUGUCGCGCAAAUGCAGUACUAAUGAAUGCCAGAUGAUACCACUUGGAGCCCGCGAGACUUUAGGAAGAUCGAGGACCUUACCCUUGAGGAUCCCUCUGAAGAUGGCUUGUUAUGCCCCUAUGACAGAAGCUUCAAAAGUGUGAAUCCGCUGUGCGGCAUCGCAGUUGUCCCGCGGCUGCAUGCCGUAUAUUUUAUACAUUAAAAAUAACAAAAGGCCAAUGCCUAUUUGUAAAUAUUACUUAGAAAUAUUUUUGUUAUUGUUUGACCGUAGCUGGCGCGAAGCAGUGCAUUUAGAAAGGUAUUGCAUUUUUGCGGUUUGCCUCUAUGCUAUUUGAAGGUGGCUUCAGAUUGAAAUUCCUAAAAGUUACUUCAGAAGCAUCUGGUAUAAUAGCUAUUAUGGUUAAUUUAGUGAACCGACUUUCAGAUUAUCUAAUAAUUCAAUUGUGUUUUCCUUAUUGCACAACGCCUUCCGUGAAUAAGGCGGCAUAUUUCGCAAUUAAAAGGCAACAAAUUGUUACAGUUUAAAUUAACAUUUGUAUAAGUAGGAUAAAAGCAAUGCUGCAAUUGAUAAUUUCUGAAGUCAAAGGUAGCGUAACGUUUUUGGCACAAAUAGCUGCAUUUUAUCUUAGCAGUGGAAGGCAAUUCGAUGAUUUCUUCGUAAUAAAGAGGAAAGUUUGACAGGCUGCCCUUAAGUCAAGUGGAAAUAGUUAUGUCAAGUCAGUACAAUAAUAGUUAUAGCAGUUUGAGUAGUUGUUUGGCCGGACAAUCAGAAGUAAAUAUCGCUAACAGAUUGAUUCCUGUUGCAACCGCUGUUUUACCGUUAGCUUGGGUUCAAACAAGGUGUUUUUUGAUAACCUGUGCAAGGCUGCCGUAGAUAUCUGCAAUAGCUGUGUCAGUGAACCUUCUGUGUGUUAAUGUCUGGCAAAAAAACUGAAAUUGAAGAGAUGUUGAUUUGCCCACUGCCGUGCCGUUAGCCUUUUUUUGAGCUGUGGGCAACGAAGACAAAUCUAAAAUAAUUUUCUUCAGGAACGUUAUAAACUAAUUAUAAAUUAAUUUGUUGGGUGACCUCAACAAAAACCAAUCUCUGGCACAAGUUUAACGUAAAUAGAAUGGGACCGUAAAAAAACGCGUUUGUUUUUGGUGCCCGAUAAUAAUAUUUCCAUUUUCCUCUAUUUUGAAUUAAUAAUUGAUUAUUUAAUAUAAUGUUCAUAUUUUUGUUCUGUGAUGGCACUUGAGUGCCAAAUCGUAGUAGUGUAAAUAUAAGAUUGUACUAGGUGUUACAGUAAAUUAUUGACCGGUAAUACGGUUAGUUAUUCACUGGGUUGACAGGGUCAGAAAGCGAACUCGGAUCAGCGGUCUUUGUAUAAGGGCCUAAAGGCCGUUCUUGACAAUACAAUAUAUUUAUUGUACGCUAGUGGAAGUUACUUUUCACAAAAAUUUAAUUAUGAUAGCUUUUAUACUUUGUUUUCAUUUUGCAGCUUGAUAUCUCCACGUAAUUGAGAAAUAUUUAUCACAAAGUUUAUCCCGGAAGGAGAUAUUUGUUUUUGUAUUAAAGAUGAGCGUUUCUGUUCUUUUUCAAGUGAAUGUUAAGGACCUUGCUUGGCGGUGCCGCUUUCUUCCCUGUAUGUUGACUUAGUAGGUUUCUUUAAUUCGAAAAAAGCAGCAAGCUCGAGUGUGUAAAUUUUAUCUGAUAACGAAAUCACUACACCAGAACAAGUUUGGUGAUGUUUCAUUGGAUGAUUGAAGUAAAGGAUUUUGGCCAACUUAAUCAAUCUGUUCAUUGUAAUGUCACCGCUCUUGCGUUGGGGUUCAUUUCCAAAUUUGAUUAAAUUUAUAAACUCGUGCCUAGCUUUCUUUCGAGUUUGGAAAAGGCUAAUAAUUUGGCUAGUUAUGUAAGUCAAAAUUUGCUGAUUCGCAAAUACUUCCAGAAACCUAUUCCCUUAUGAGGAAGCACUGGUGGGAUUUUUAGUUCGUUUUCACCAAGAUUUUUGUAAGUACAAAUUUUAUACGUCAAAAACCAUUAAAUUCUGCGAACACAAAAACCA